AUGAAGAUAUCAGAUCAGAUCAAUCUCGACUCUAAUAAAUCCCUUGGUCCUGAUAAUAUCACCGUGGCCACAGUGAAAGCCCACCACAUGGCGUUUUCGAAUAUUCUGACAGAUAUUUUCAAUGAAAUUAUCGAAACCGGUGCCUACCCCGAUGCACUAAAAUUAGCUCGCGUUACGCCUUUCUUCAAAUCUGGCGAUAGAUCUAACGUAUCAAACUACCGGCCAAUCUCUACGCUCUCCAUCUUGAACAAAGUCAUCGAAAUACUACUUGUUGCUAGGGUGAGUGAAUACUUAACAAGGUAUGAUCUCAUAAGUCCACGCCAAUAUGGCUUCCGAAAGGGAUGCAGCACCUUAACCGCAACUACUGAACUAUUGGAGGACGUGUACGAUGAUUUGGACAAUCAAACUGGAAUGGUAUGGGAUAGGAGGCUUAUAACGACAGGUGUACCACAGGAAAACAACCUGGGCCCGCUGAUGUUCUUGGUCUUUAUCAACGAUCUCCAGCUGAUGAACCUGCACGGAAAAGUUCGGCUUUUUGCCGACGAUACCCUAAUCUCGUACAGCAAUGCCAAUCCCCUUCAGAUAGUGGAAUGGAUUGGAAAUUAUUUGGAUGCCCUCCAGGAAUACUUCAACUGCAAUCUCCUCUCGUUGAACUUAUCGAAAACCUCGUACAUGCUAUUCCAUUCCGGACGUCGCUGCAUACCACAGCUGCCGUCGAUAAGUGAAAUCAUUAGCAGUUCAACGGCUCCUGCUACCGUGAAUAAAGGUUCCGGUGAAGUGUGGAUGACCGGGAAGAUGCCAUCGAAAGGUCCAAUUGCUUGUCCCGAUCUGCCUGGUAGCUACCCCAGCGCAGCUCAUCAGCUAGUCAACGAAAAGAAUUGCGAAAACACCGGUGGAGCUGAUAUAAAGGGCUGUUCCGCGGCGAUGGAGAACGAUAAUCAAAGUCCACAGGAGAAUCCGGGUCAAGACUAUGGCCAAAAUCAUGUUGUGCUUGUUCAGCCAGUGGCACCAUUCAAUCCGGCGGCCUAUAAUUUCCCGCAGCUGAGGUUUAGGCAUUUACCAACUUCGGAAGUUCGAAAUGCCUGGACAAGUUGGAUUCGUGGCUUCGAAAGAAUCAUGGUGGCUUCUGGUAUUUCCGAACCGAUAACCAAGAAAAUUCAGUUGCUCGCAAUGGGCGGACUGGAGUUGCAAAGUGUGUUUGAUAGCAUUCCGGGAGCCGACGUCGACUUGGAAGGAGUUGAUGCGUAUCAGGUGGCAAAAGACAAACUCAACAAUCAUUUUGCACCAAAGCAUCACGACAGUUUUGAGCGGAAUUUAUUUUGGACAACGAAAAAAAGUGACGAUGAACCAAUCGAAAAAUUUCUCACAAGGAUCCAACAGAUUUCAGAAAAGUGCUACUUCGGUAACAGCAUUCUUGAGAGCCGUCAGAUUGCAGUCAUGGACAAAAUUAUUCAAACAGCUUCUAGUGAUCUCCGUGAGAAACUAUUGGAAAGACAAAAUCUAAAUUUGGACACAUGUUGUAAAAUAGUUAACACGUAUCAAGCUGUGAAAUACCAGGCUGCUCACAUGAAUCAACCCGGACCUAGCUACAGUUUUGCCUCGCCGGAUGUCAACAAAGUUUACGGACGAACUUCACAACAGAAGCCUCCAUUUAAAAACUGUAGUAGAUGCGGGAAUGAAUCGCACAAAUUUGAAGGGAAUUGCCCGGCACUUGGUCGAACUUGUAAACGCUGUGGCGGACUCGACCAUUUCCGUCAAGUUUGUCGCUCAAAAGUUUUCAAACCCAGAAACACCAACGAUAACCGACCUUGGAAACGAUCAUACCCCACGAAUCAUGGAACUCAAUCAGUUUUUAAAAGAUCAUCAAAUGUGAUGAAGGUCGAAACCGAUGAAUACGACGAACCAUGCAACAAGUUUUCCAAGAAUAUCAACCCGGAACAAACCAGUGAAUCGGAGGAAGAAUUACCAGUAUAUAACGUGGAAGAGACCGACGAUGACCUCAUUAAAUGCAUUGUUGGUGGAGUAGCAAUAGAAAUACUCAUCGAUUCUGGGUCAAAAUAUAACUUAAUUGACGAUACAACUUGGGAAGUUAUGAAACUACAGAAUGUAACAGUUUCGAACAUACGGUUUGAUAACAAGAAGAACUUUCGAGCCUAUGGGAAAGUUCCCUUGCGGCUAAUCACAGUUUUUGAUGCCAGUAUUCGGAUUAUUGGAACUCAACAAAUUAAUUCAACGUUUUAUGUUAUCGAGAAAGGACAACAGCCGUUGUUGGGGAAGAUAACCGCCCAACAACUGGGUGUACUCCGAGUGGGACUUCCGGAUAGAAUCAACAGUGUUGAGGUGCCGAAACAAGCGUUUCCUUGCAUAGGAGGUAUCGAGCUUACUUUGCCUAUCGAUAGAAGUGUGGCGCCGGUGAUACAACCCCUUCGUCGAUGCCCGGUACCGCUCCUGGAAAAGGUCAAAGAAAAACUUGAUGAUCUUUUGGAGCGCGACAUCAUAGAACGUGUGGAAAAACCAACAUCUUGGGUCUCUCCGUUGGUACCCAUUCUGAAGGAUAAUGGGGAAAUUCGACUCUGUGUAGAUAUGAGGCGCUCAAACCAAGCGAUACAACGCCUGAAUCAUCCUCUUCCUGUGUUUGAAGAGAUAUUACCAAGGAUUCGAAAGGCACAGUAUUUUUCAUUACUUGAUUUGAAAGAAUCAUACUAUCAUGUGAUGUUAACAGAGAACAGCAGAGAUAUUACGACCUUUAUAACCAAUUGGGGCCUCUAUCGAUUCAAAAGGCUAUUUUUUGGAGUAAAUUGUGCUCCGGAGUUGUUCCAGAACCUUAUGGAAAGUUUACUCUCAUCUUGUAAAAAUAUGGUCAACUUUAUAGACGACUUUUUAGUGUUUGGUGAAACCGAAAGAGAACAUGAUGAUGCCCUAAAGCUGCUAGUCCGAAAGUUUGAAGAGCUGGGGGUCCAAUUAAAUCACCACAAAUGCAAGUACAAACAACAAGAAGUUGUCUUUCUUGGGCAUAAACUUUCGGGAAAAGGUGUACUUCCAUCUUCUGAUAAAGUUGAAUCCAUUUUAAAAUGUCGAGCACCAAAAACAAAGGAAGAACUUCGAAGUUUCUUAGGCCUGGUAACGUUCGUUUCCCGGUUCAUACCAAACCUCGCAACAGUUAAUUAUCCAUUGAGACAGCUUAUUAAAAACACCAUCAACUUCGAUUGGAAAAGCGAACACCAUCAGGCUUUCGAGCAAAUAAAGGCAAGGAUUGAUUCUCUUGAUUACCUCGGGUAUUUCGAUCCAAAAGACAGAACCUUACUGGUGACUGAUGCCUCUGGCGUAGGCCUCGGUGCUGUAUUAAUUCAAUUUUCGGGUGACAGGCCUAGGGUUAUCAGUUAUGCAUCUAAAAGCCUAACGGAAACUGAAAAACGAUACGCUUCAAUCGAAAAAGAAGCCCUAGCAAUUGUAUGGGCCGUUGAGCGUUAUAAAGCUUAG